UUCUUUCUGUGGAGUGACUCAAAGAGGUGUACACCCCCCCACCACCACCGCACACAAACACACACCAGUCUUCCUCUUCCUCUUCAUCUCUCUCUCCUGUGCCGCUCGCUCGCCCCCCUCUCUCUCUCUCGCUCGCUCGGUGCUGACAGACGGAGGAUCGAGGAGCUGAGAGAGCGGGCGAGCGAGGCAGGAAAGACAGAUAGACGAACGAGGAGAGAGAGAGAGCAUGAGUGUGUGAGUGUGUGUGGAAAUGUGUGUGUGUGAGAGUGUGUGUGUGUGUGGAUAUGGACUGCCUCUGCAUUGUCACCACCAAGAAGUACCGUUACCAAGACGAUGAAACUCCACCUAUUGAUCCCAGCCCCGGUCACAUGACCCAAGGACGCAGCGCCGAGCUGAGCCACGCACACCUGGACGGAUACACACACCCCGCUGCAAUCACAAUGAACGGAUCAGAGGGAGAGCUGGAGUACGAGGAGAUCACACUGGAGAGGGGUAACUCUGGUCUGGGCUUCAGCAUCGCAGGAGGAACGGAUAAUCCUCACAUCGGAGACGACCCCUCCAUCUUCAUCACUAAGAUCAUCCCUGGAGGAGCCGCCGCCCAGGACGGACGCCUCAGGGUGAACGACAGCAUCGUAUUCGUCAACGACGUGGACGUCAGAGAGGUCACUCACUCCACCGCCGUGGAGGCGCUGAAGGAGGCGGGGCCUGUGGUCAGGCUGUACGUGCUGCGGAGACGCCCACCGAGCGAACGCAUCACACAGAUCAAACUCAUGAAAGGACCCAAAGGUCUGGGCUUCAGCAUAGCUGGGGGUGUGGGGAACCAGCACGUUCCUGGAGACAACAGCAUCUACGUCACCAAGAUCAUCGAGGGCGGGGCGGCACACCGUGACGGACGGCUACAGAUUGGAGACAAAAUCCUGGCGGUCAACCAUAUGUCUCUGGAGGACGUCCUGCAUGAAGACGCCGUGUCGGCCCUGAAGAACACGGGGGAGGUGGUCUACCUGAAGGUGGCCACGCCCACCUCACAGUACAUCCACCCGAUCGAUCGAUACAGCCCCCCCGACCUGACCAGCUCCUACAUGGAGCCAGACUACAUGUGUGAUUACCCACAAGCCCUCCCUCCUCCAUCGCCACGACGAUACUCCCCCAUACCCCGCGGCAUGAUGGGAGAGGACGACUACUCGAGGGAGCCUCGCCGGGUGUGUGUGCAACGCGGCUCCACCGGCCUGGGCUUCAACAUCGUGGGCGGGGAGGACGGAGAGGGCAUCUUCAUCUCCUUCAUCCUCGCAGGAGGGCCAGCAGACCUGAGCGGAGAGCUCCGCAAGGGGGACCAGAUCCUCAGUGUGAACGGGGUGGACCUCAGGUACGCCACACAUGAGCAGGCAGCAGCAGCUCUGAAGAACGCUGGACAGACUGUUACCAUAGUUGCACAGUACAGACCUGAAGAGUACAGCCGCUUUGAAGCAAAGAUCCACGACCUGAGGGAGCAGAUGAUGAACAGCUCGUCUGGGAGUCUGAGAGCCAACCGCACCUUCUACAUCAGGGCGCUCUUCGACUACGAUAAGCAGUGGGACUGCGGCGUGCUGUCUCAGGCUCUGGACUUUAACUUCGGGGAGGUCUUCCACGUGAUCGACAGCGCCGACGACGAGUGGUGGCAGGCGCGGAGGGUCAACCAGCAGGGGGAGCUGGAGGAGCUGGGCUACAUCCCAUCCAAGCACAGAGUGGAGAGGAAGGAGUGGUCACGGAUGAAGAGCAAAGGUAGAGAAGGUUUUGUUCACAGCUAUGAGCUCAUCACUCAGAUUGAAGUGGACUACGCUCGCCCCAUCAUCAUCCUGGGACCCACCAAAGACCGAGUCAACGACGACCUGCUGUCCGAGUUCCCAGACAAGUUCGGCUCCUGCGUCCCUCAUACGACUCGCCCUCGCAGGGACUACGAGGUGGACGGGCGGGACUACCACUUUGUGUCGUCACGGGAACAGAUGGAGCGGGACAUCCAGUCGCAUCGGUUCAUCGAGGCGGGACAGUACAACAACCACCUGUACGGGACGUCGGUGCAGAGCGUGAGGCAGGUGGCCGAGCAGGGGAAGCACUGCAUCCUGGACGUGUCGGCCAACGCCGUGAGGAGGCUGCAGGCGGCUCAGCUCCACCCCGUCGCCAUUUUCAUCCGCCCGCGGUCCCUGGAGAACAUCCUGGAUCUGAACAAGCGUCUGUCGGAGGAGCAGGCGAGGAAAGCUCUGGAUCGAGCCAUCAAGCUGGAGCAGGACUUCCUGGAGUGUUUCACAGCCAUCGUGCACGGUGACAGCUUCGAGGAGGUCUACCACCACGUCAAAGUGGUCAUCGAGGAGCAGAGCGGCCCCUACAUCUGGGUCCCCGCCCGCGACAGGCUCUGAUUGGCUGCCGUCUCCACAGGAACUGCUGUCAUCACCUCCUGGCUCCUCCCCCUCUAAGUGGCGAGCUGAGGGAGCGCAGACGUUUGUCUUUUUAUCCUUUUUGUUUUCUUUCUUUGGGAGCUGAGGAGCGCGCUCAGUAAUGGAUGGAGAUGUUUUUAAUCUGAGGGGAGGACAGACACACAGCUGAUUGGCUGAUUGAUUGAUCGAUCCUGUAUUAUCAGUAAAUAAUGAAUCAGAGCCUGUAGACUUGAGUUGGUAUUGAAGUAUUUAUAUCAUGCUAUUUAUUUAUUGAUCAUUUAUUUAUUGAUUGGUGUGAUGUGAAAAUGGUGUGUGCGUGCGCGUGUGUGUGCGUCGGUGUGUACUGUACAUACAGACUUGUGUGACUGUAAAUAAACGAUGGGGCUCAAACACACAGUCUAUUUCAGGGCUUAAAGUAUCAAACAACCACUGGACUACAACACCCACAAUCCUCCUCUGCCUGCACCACUACACCCCACACACUCCCCUGCUGGACUUCAUCUCCCACUGUCCUCCUCUGCCUGGACUACAACACCCUUAACCUCCCUUUGUUUGGACUACAACUUCCUGACUUUGCAUCUGCUUCAACUAAAUCACCCACAAUCCUCCUCGGCUUGGACUACAACAACUUUGAGCUGGACUACGCGACCCAUAAUCCCCCUGUCUUGACUUAAACGCACACGGCUUAUCAAUGCUACACACUGAGCUGCCCUCAUAUGGACUACAGCUCCCACAGUCCCCUCCUGAUGGACACUUUGGACAGUGUUUAGGAGGUAAAACCAACGGAAGCACUUCCAUUUUUAAGCAAAAAGUUCUGGACUACAGUACCCACACUUCCCAGCUGUGGCAGCAGAUAAACUCCACCCACAAGCAGCUACAGCACAGCAGGACUACAUUACCCACAAGCCUCAGCUACAGCCCCAGUUCCAGCUACACAGCUUGGCUGUGGGUCCAUGCUGGACUGCAGUACCCCAUGAUUCAGUGCUCCACACAGCAGGAUGCAGACUGAAAUUAACCUGCUGAGGGGCGGAGCUAAAGCUUGAGGCUGGGCGGAGCUUGUGUCCCACCUACAGGACUCUGUUGUCCACAGUGCUUUGGGUUUGGUUGGGUUCCAGUGGGGUUUCCUAGACUGAAUAUCAGGGUUGUGUGAAUAAUGCUAAUUAUUAUAAUGAAAGUAAUCAUAAUUAUUGAUGAUGUAAUAUCAUCUCACACACACGCACUCAGCGGGGUCACCUGAGGUCAUGUUUUGUUUGCGAGCACUGACAGAAACACUAUAUGAAAGCUGACGUAUCAGCAUAUCUGAGUAUUGAUUAGCCUGUCUCACACACACAUACACACACAGUUCAGAUGUUUCAUGACUGGCUUGUUGUAUAAUGAAAUUAAUUAGUUAUAAAUUAAAUUAAACUAUUGAAAUAUUGAAAUAAAUUCCUUAUAAAAGCUGA